UUUUCCCGCCUCCCCUUCGUUAUCGCCAUUCGCUCUCCAUUCGCCAUUUCGAUCUAGUCGCUAAACUUUCCACUAAACUACCAAGAUGUCUGCUACCGAGGGGAAGGUAAUCACAUGCAAGGCUGCCGUGGCGUGGGAGGCCAAGAAGCCGCUGGUCAUCGAGGACAUCGAGGUGGCGCCGCCCAAGGCCCAUGAGGUUCGCAUCAAGAUCACGGCCACCGGCGUUUGCCACACAGAUGCCUUCACCCUGAGCGGCGCCGAUCCGGAGGGCCUGUUCCCCGUGGUCCUGGGCCACGAGGGCGCCGGCAUCGUGGAGAGCGUCGGCGAGGGAGUGACCAACUUCAAGGCCGGCGACCAUGUCAUCGCCCUCUACAUCCCGCAGUGCAACGAGUGCAAGUUCUGCAAGAGCGGCAAGACGAAUCUCUGCCAGAAGAUCCGACUCACCCAGGGCGCGGGAGUCAUGCCCGAGGGCACCUCCCGUUUGAGCUGCAAGGGCCAGCAGCUCUUCCACUUCAUGGGCACCUCCACUUUCGCUGAAUACACUGUGGUGGCCGACAUUUCGCUGACCAAGAUCAACGAGAAGGCGCCACUGGAGAAGGUCUGCCUGCUGGGCUGCGGCAUCUCCACGGGCUAUGGAGCCGCUCUCAACACAGCCAAGGUGGAACCUGGCAGUACCUGCGCUGUUUGGGGAUUGGGAGCCGUCGGCCUCGCCGUGGGUUUGGGCUGCAAGAAGGCCGGCGCCGGCAAGAUCUACGGCAUUGACAUUAAUCCCGACAAGUUUGAGCUGGCCAAGAAGUUCGGCUUCACCGACUUUGUCAACCCCAAGGACGUGGCCGACAAGGGAGCCAUCCAGAACUAUCUGAUCGACCUGACGGACGGCGGUUUCGACUACACCUUCGAGUGCAUUGGCAAUGUGAACACCAUGCGCUCCGCCUUGGAGGCCACCCACAAGGGCUGGGGCACCUCGGUGGUGAUUGGCGUGGCCGGCGCUGGCCAGGAGAUCGCCACACGACCCUUCCAGCUGGUCGUGGGUCGCGUGUGGAAGGGCUCGGCCUUCGGUGGCUGGCGCUCCGUUUCGGAUGUGCCCAAACUGGUGGAGGACUACCUGAAGAAGGAUCUGCUGGUGGACGAGUUCAUCACCCACGAGCUGCCGCUCUCGAAGAUCAACGAGGCCUUUGACCUGAUGCACAAGGGCGAGAGCAUUCGCUCGAUUAUCAAGUACUAAAGAUGAGAUAGCGUGGAAUCCGGGAUGAUUGUUUUAUUUUCACUUUUUUAUAACAGCUGGCAAUUGCAUGCGAUUGCGUAGAAUAAUAAACCACCAGUGUAUAUGUAA